CACCUAACUUCGAUCCUUUUGUCAUCAUAGCCAUGGCUUCAUCCCCACACAGCUCCUCUCAUCUCUACUUCCUCCUCGUCUUCUUCCCCCCUCCUUGCUGCUGCCACGGCCUUCCCCGUCACCUCCGAGUUCGAACUCAGCAUCCAGAAUAGAAUCCACUUCCGCGUCUACUUCCACGAGACCUAUCUCGGCCCCGUGCACCUUCGGGGACGUCGACAUCUUCGACGCCGUGCUGAGGAUCGGCCCCUCCAAGUGGUCGACAGAAGUCGGAAGGGCGCAGGGCGUGAGCUUCCACGUGUCGCAGCGGGACGAGUCGUCGCUGAUACCGCUGGUGCUGGUGUUCACUGCGGGAAACUUCUGCGACAGCACGCUCACGGUGAUAGGGAGGUGGACACCUCCGGGAAGGCGGACGGGGGUGUUCCAGUUCGCGUCGGGGAACAUGACCUUCCAUGCCAAGAAGCACCGUGACGCCCUGCCUUCCAUGUCGAUCACCAUGCUCGGUGUUCUUAUCCUUGGCUACGUGAUUCCUCUGGUGCUGAACUUUGAAGCCUUGUUCGCGAACCGCAGUCAGUCUGGCUUUCUAAGUCUGCGGAGCGGUGGGUGGCUCGACGUUCAUGAGGUCAUCGUGAGGAUCUUAUCCGGCUUAGCUCUGUUCCUCUCCUUCCACCUGCUUCAAAUGGCGUGGUCCGCGAGGUCAUUGGACGAGAACAAGGGGAACCGCGUCAAGGAGUGGACGACGCUCAAGCUGUGCUUGCCGCUCUACUUCGCCGGGGCGCUGCUCACUUGGCUCAUCAGCUCAAGGCACCACCUGCAAAGGUCGGAAUUCAGCAGGCAGCGACACGGUUCUCGCUGGGAGGAUUUGGUCCCUUUUGCUGGCUUAGUGCUCGAUGGAUUUCUGCUCCCUCAGAUCGUUCUUAACGUCUGUCGGAACUCCAAAGAUAAGAUCCUGACGCCUUUCUUCUACGUCGGAAUCACGAUCACCCGAGCUUUGCCUCAUCUGUACGACGCUUAUCGCUCUCGCAGUUAUAACCGUCGCAUCGAUUCAUCGUACAUCUACGCAAGUCCAGACGGAGAUUUUUACUCGCUGGUGUGGGAUGUCAUCGUUCCUUGUGAAGGUUUGCUUUUUGCAGCGGCGAUAUACCUUCAGCAGCGAGUUGGUGGUGAUUGUCUUCUUCCCCAAAGAUUCAGAAAGCGUGUGGAGUACGAGGCAGUUUCAGUGGUUGCUCUUUAGCCCUUCUUGUGGAAGACCAGAUUGCAGCAAGUCCAUGAAAUGUAGUAGUAUAGUGCAGUAGUAAGUCGAGUCUUGUGUUGUUCCUGUGGUAGCUUUCUUCAUGCGUCGACUUGCCCACGCCAUGAUCAAGUGUGAUGAAGACUGUUCUUCUUCCACAGAAAUAUAAAUAAGGGUUUCGUAGA